AUGACGACAACGAGCAGUGGUGCCAUUAUUCCCUGGUGGACCACGCUCGAGUUCGGCGCCCCGGGAACCCUCCUCUACCGCCUCCUCUUCCUCGACAGCCAAUACCGCGCCUUCUCCCCCUGGCACGAAAUCCCUCUCUUCCUCUCCGCGUAUCCCGCCGCGGAUCCCAAGGCGCCGAGCGCGAUCCCCCCGCCGCCGGGCGUGCAGGAGAACUGCACGUUCGAGCAGGGCUUGUCGUUUCUGUGCGUGACGCCGCGCGGUAUCUGGGCCAAUUUCGAGGUUGCGGACGACGAGAAUUUUAAUCCCGUUCGGCUGCUGAAGCGCAACGGCCGCCCCGCGCAUUACGCGGAGAAUUGCCAGUGGAACCUGGGGAUUUUCACGCAGACGUGGGCGGAUCCCGCGGCGCCGAAUGAGGAUCUGGGCGGGAUGCGCUUCGACGGGCGGCCGCUGCAGGUGAUCGAGCUGGGAUCGCGCACGGCGCGGACGGGGGAGGUUUAUUCGGUCAAGCCGCUCGCGGCUUUCGCGGCGAUUAGCCAGGGAGCGAAUAUCGCGUGGAAGAUCGUCGCCGUGGCGACGGACGACCCGUUGGCGAAAGAGCUGAACGACGUGGCUGACGUCAGCAGAAAGUUACCCGGCGUGCUGGAGGAGAUUAGGGAGUGGCUGCGGCUGUGCGAUUGUACGGAGAAAGGCGACGCGGGGAAGGCGUUCGGGUUUAACGAGCGCGCCAAGGGGCGCGAUCAGGUGCAGGCGUGCAUACGCACGUGCCACGUGGCAUGGCAGGCCAUGUUCCACGCGCUUCCGAAGCCCGAGCCGUGGCUCCCGCGCUCGCGGCCGCCGAAGAUGAAGACUAUAGAAGCGUUCUGGGCGCCUUACACGGCGAAAUACGUCAGCGAUGGCGGCGGCGUCGCGAGUAUCUUUCUCAGUGACCCCGAUUGGGAGGAAAAAGUGGCGGAGGCGGACAAGGCGCGUGGGAAAGGGGGAGCCGGGGGAGCAGGCGCGGGGAGGGGGAGGGGAAGAGGGGGAGCGGCGGGGAGGGGCGCGCCGGGGGGAGGCGCAGCAGCAGGGGGAGGCGCAGCGGGGGAGACGAAUGAUUCGGUAUGGGAGACGUUGUCUACGGUUGAGACCGUUGAUAUGCUGGAGAAGCUGCGGACGCGGAAGCAUCUGAACCGUCCAGCUUUCUUCGCGAUGGUCGAUCGUGUGGUCACGGACGACUCGUCCGCAAAGGACGGCAAGGGCAAGGCGGGGAAGAAAGGCGGCAGGCUGCUCACGCGGAAGGGCAGCGGGAUGGCUGACGGGGAGGCGGGCGCGGACGAGGCUGCGCGGUCGCGCUCGCCGUUCCUGCUUGCGCGCUCUAAGAGCACGGAAGCCGCUCCGCCGAUGGAGAUCAGCCGCCCGUCCACUGCGCCGUCGGCGCAAGCUAACAAGCCGGCAGCAGGAGCGGCGGGCGCAGCGGGAGGAGCAGCGGAGGGAGCAGCGGGGGUAGCGGGCGCGCCAGGCGCGCCGGGGGCAGGCGCGACGUCGAAGCUGCGCCCUGGUACUGGGGGGGCCGGGGGCAAGGCUGCGGGGGGGCGGGGGGGAAAAGCGGCGGGGGCGGGCGCAAGUGGCGGAGCCGGCGCUGGCGCCGCCGCUGCUGCAGGAGCGGCGGACGCCGCCGGAGCAGGAGGCGGAUUGGCGGGUGCGCCGGGAAUCCCGCCCGCCGCCCCCGUGCUCUCCGCGGCUGCCAGGCGCGCGGCUGCUGCCGCCGCGGCUAAGGCCGCGGGACGGGGCGCGGGGAAAGCCGCAGGAGGCGCAGCAGGCGGGGGGGCAGGGGGGGGUGUGGGGGGAGGGGCAGAAGGGGGGAAUAAUAGAGGGUUGAGAGUGGUGACGGUGGGGGAGAUGAGGGAGGAGGAGGGCAGGAGGGGGCGGGGGGGGAGGGGAGGAGGAGGUGCAGGGGAGGGAGGGACAGGAGGAGCAGAAGGGGGCGGAGAGAGGAGCAACGGCGAGAAGGGCUUUAGAAAGAACUUCAUGGCUGGAGUGAGGAGCGCAGAGAGGGAGCAGGAGCAGCAGGAUCGAGGGAAGGAGGAGGAGAAGAGCCCAGGGAAGGGUGGUGCUGCUGCUGCUGGCAGCGCUGGUGGUGGUGGUGGUGACAAAAGGUGGGAGAAUGAGGGGCGAAGAGAGGAAGGGGAAUUUCAGGAGGAUGAGUAUGAAGAGCUGAAGAGUGGGGAUGAGGGGGGACGGGAGAGGGGGGAUGAAGGGAGCGGAACGGAGGGCGAGGAGGGGGAGUGGGGGAGAGGGAAGCUUGUGAAGGGGCGGGGAACGGCUGGGGGGGGAGGAGGGGGAGCGCCUACUCUUCCCCCCAGGUCCCCCCACGGCCGCCCCGCCAGUGGGGGGGAAGGGAGGCCGCGGAGCAGCGGGGGGUUUCGGGGGGGAGGCGCGGGGGGAAUGGGCGGAGGGAUGGGCGGAGGGGUUUCCCCGCGGGGAAGAGGGGGAGAGGAGCUCGUGGGGUGGGGGGGAGGGGGGAAAGGGGAGGACGAGUCGAGACGCACAUGCAGUCAUGAGCCCUCAUGCAGUCCGUGCUGUGCUGCCUUGCUGCCAACGGGCUCUGACAGGGCAGACGGAGAGGCAGCGCAUGGAGCUCUCUCCCCCCCUCCCGAGGUGCCUUCUGAGUUGACUCAAAAGUCUCCUUCUGGCGAUGCUGCUACCAGCCCCCGCAGCUCUCUCCCCUCCUCCCCCUCCCGCGCUCAACCUUUCUUCCUUUCUUCCUCUCGUUCCCCCAUCCUCUCAUCCCUACAGGAGGCGUCACAGAAGCAGCAGGCAAAGGGAGGCGCAUGGGCAAGACCUAAGUGGGCUAACGAAGGCUCUGCUGCUGCUGGUGGUGCUGGUGGUCGCAACAGCAACACCCGUGGGGAAUACGGGGGCAUGGGAGCGGGAGGAGGAGCAGGGGGAGCAGGAGGGGGGAAUGCAGGUAGCUCGUACCUGUUGCAGCGAGAGCAGAUGCGAGCAGAGCUCCUGCAGCAGUCCCUAUCAGGAUACCGUACUGGUGGUGGCGGUGGGGGUGGGGGUGGUGCGAUGCCGGUACCUCCCUUAGUGCGGAGAGCGAGUAUGGAAUCUAUAGAGAGGAGUGAGAGGAGGAGGCAGUUGAGGGAGGAAGCAGAGGCUGCGAUAGGCCAGGGGGGCGGCUAUGGUGGGUACGGAGGGGGAGGGGUGAGGGGAGGUUACGGAGGAGUGGGAGGCGGUGAGAGGGAGCGGCGGGGCGGUGCAGAUUCGCACUUGUUGAGGAGUUUCACAGGGGAGCAGAGAGAGAGAGGGCAGGAGAGGGGGAGGGCGGGCGGAGGAGGGGGGGAUUAUGGGGAUGAAGAUGGGUAUUCUCGUGGUGGUGGUGGUCGGGGGGAUAAGGAUGCUGGGGAUGGGGGCUAUAGCCGUUCUUACACAGGAGGGUCUAUAGAAUCUGCUGGCUCUGGUGGUGGUGGUGGUGGUGGUUACGGUGCAAGGGUAAGGAAUCCUGUAGUUGACGAAGGCAGGAGUAGGUGUGAGGUGAGAAGGCAAGUGUGA